AUGUCAAAACCAGAAUUGAAUCACUCAUCGGACCGUAAACCAGAAGGAUUCGAUCAAUUAGUAAAUGAUAUAUUAAUUACACAUAAGGAACCGGGAAACAAUUCGAUUCAAGAAGUUGUCUUGCGAAGAUGUGUUAAGUAUUUAAAUGACAAUAGUUCGGGACGUCAUUGGUUUUGCGAUCCAUACAUGUAUCCUGUAGCUGUUCAUACUAUGAUUCUAUUUUCUUUUCUGGAUAACGAUGUCUUGCAAUGGCUUAAGCCUAAUAUGGCUGGUAGUCUUGAUCAGUGUGAAAAAUGUAUAUGGUAUUUUAAUAGAGGGAAGUCAACUCUUCGUGACAAUUUUGCAACGAAUAGAAAUAUUCCUAUAAGACAAGUUAAUCAGUUUUUGAAUAUUAUAUUGGAGUGGGAAAUCGCGAGACUUGUGGAGGUUAUGAUGCCUUUCAAGACGGAAAUUGAACUUGAUAAAGAACCUAAAGUUACGCCUAGAAUAUCAAAUGCUAUCAUUCAAUGCUUGAUGGGACCGAAUAUUCUAAGGAACCACGAAGACACGAGAAAUUGUUUCUACAAAAUUCUUAAAUACCUACGUGACACUGAUAAUUUCCCAUCUCCCGCCUAUUUAUUACCCGGUACUAUUUAUUUAAUGUUUGAAGGAUUGGACGACUCUAAAAAAUGGGCAGACGAAUGGAUAGAUGCAUUAAAAGAACAAUCUACUAAAUAUUCUUCGGAUAAGCUAGAUAAUAUUAUCGUUGAUGAAUUUAGUAUUCAUUUGUAUCAGAUUCAAGAUUCUAAGUACUUUUCUAAUGAUACAUGCAUUCGGUUUUGGCAAAACUUCUUAAAGAUAUAUGACCUUUUCGAAAAUGAUGCAUUUUUAAACAAGAUAAAUAAACCCAGUGAUAUAGAGGCAAUGAGCAAGUAUACAAACAUAAGGCUAUAUUCAUUGAUUCGGGUAUUUUUCAAUAAUAUCAUGUCGUUUUUAGAUGAACCGCUCCCGAUUUUAUUGAAAGUUUUAGGAACAUUUCUUUCUACACUCAAAACCGAAUUUUGGUCCCAUUGUUCGCCUUAUUCCUUUGUAAAUAUCUUGGAUACUGUCUUGGGAAAUCCACACUUUAGUUUCUACUUGUUCAGCUUAAAUAAUGGUGACCAAGAUUCAAUAACCGAUGUUAGGCUUCAAGAAGCAUUGGCAUGGAUGAAAAAUUUAUCCGAUUCCUUAAGUGGAUCUCAAAAGCAAACUGCAUGCGUCAGGCUAGGAAUGUUUUUGCUCAUGCUAUCGCCUAAUAGUGUUAAGAGACCUAUCAAUUUAGAAAUGGCUGAAAAAAGAACGAUUGACCUUUAUCAGAAAGGUUAUUUUUUGCUAUCACAGUGUUUUGCUAUAAAUGACAAUGAAAUUAAACUAGGUGAUAAAGGCUUUUCUGUAGAAUUACUUAAAAGAAGGGAUGCUAGAGCGGCUAUCGAGAACCAGUCAAAGGUUUUGGUUGAUAUGGCGUUCGAUGCUUCGACUGAGAAAUCAUCGUUACAAGUUUCAGCAGUUGAAUUAAUUCUAAGAGUCACUUCGUAUGAUAUUUUGGCUUUGGCACAAAAUUCUAUCCUCCUUUUGGAUGACAAAAUCCCCACUUCUUUUGAUAUGUUUCCAAUUUUAUGGCAAUGCUUAUCUCGAAAACAGAUUCAUACCAACGUCAAUUUAGGAAUUGGUCUUUUUAAAUCUUUAACAUUUAUCUGCAAUGUUAUCAAAAUUAAUUCGAAAAAAAAUGAAGAUCCCGCUAAUAAGAGUUUUAAUGAAGCCCGUAAUCAGCACAAUUCUAACGUUUCACUGAUAUUGGAAUAUUGGGAAACUAUACUUGGGAAAUUAGGCUUAGCUGAUCCAUCUACUUUAAAAGAGAUAUUCGGCAGAGAAGAAGCGAUCCUGAUCGGGUUUUGGUCUUCUCUUUUCUCUCCGUAUGUAAACCAAGCUGCUCUUGACGUUGUCUACCAAGUCUUUGACGUUGGAGUAGGUGGACGUUUUGAAACAAUACAAGCUUUGAUUGAUUUCAAUUUAGAUUAUACGUUGAUUGCCAUUAACCUGAAUAUAAAAAGUCUAACCAGGAUGGCUGCAUUUGAACCAUGUCCGAAAAUUAUCAGAAUUUUGAUGGACGUCAUUAAAGCUCUUUCGGACCCUUUGAAUGGUUAUCUCAUUACGUCUUUCAAUGCUGAAAACAAUAAGUUAAACUUGGAAAAUCUAUGGAAUGUAUGUUGGCUGUUUCUUGUUAUGGUCUACCGGAAAACUUUAGUAUGGGCAUCCCAAUAUCACUUGGAAGAAUUAAUCGAAUUUACAAGAGAUACCCUUGAUUUAAGUGAUUUGUUAUUGGAUUCAUUCAGAAUCAUUCAUUCCACAAUUCUGGAUGAGACUAGCGAUAGAUCGCAUUCUUUAUUUAGAGCCUUUAUGAAUACCUUCACCUAUGCUAUUGUCUGGUUAAGAUUAGGAGAUUCGUCUUUAUUGAAUUCUUGUGUUAAUUUGGUGUUUAAGGGACUUGAUUUAGCAAAAGAACUUAGAUAUUCUAUUGAUAAGGAAUUCAUUUCUACAUUUGCAAAAUAUGGAGCAAAGGCAAAAAAAUUCAACAAUAAACUCACUGAUCAGCAACGUUUGCAAAUUUUAUCUAAAGCACGAGAAUUUGAUGACGACUUGGUUGAUUUUAUAGUAAAUGAAACCGAGCAACAAAAGACUAAAUCUAGGCAAGUUCCUCAAGAGACUCGUACUACAUCUGAAACAGAUUCCACUCCAGAACCAGCUAGCUAUAAAUAUCAAACUCACGUUAAACAACCUAAGCAACAGACCUUAGGUAGAUUCGGUGUUGUGACGUCAGCACCUCCUGUUGCACCAGCACCUCCUCAAAAAGGAUUCAAAUCUGUUGGCCUUGAAGCAAUUAGACAAGAAUUAAAAAGUUCAAGGUCCUCUCUUACCAAGCCUUUAUCGUCAUUAUCACCAACUUUGGGUGUUGCCCCGGCGGCACCAAGGCCCGCAGGAUUCAAUAACAAGAGGGCAACACCUGUUGGUCGUUCGUUACAAUCAUUAAGAAGAAAAAGAGUUGACUCAGAAUCAUCUGAAGAAGAAGGCGAUGAAGAUGUUGAUCUUUCUGAUUUAUUUGUUGACAAGAAAAAAUCAAGACCAAAAGUCGUUGAAGUUGAUAUAAAUGGGAAACCCGUUACUAAAGCAAAUAGAAACAGAAAAGUAGACCAGGAACGGAAAGAAGAAGAAAAUAUGAGGAUGAGAUUGAAUGUUAAUUUAAAGCCACUUUACAGCACCAUUCUUAGGUGGAACUAUAAUUCGACUAGUAACUAUCCUACCGAUGAACGUGAGAUUUAUAAGCAAACUAAGGAUGUAUAUGCAGAUGCAAAAGAAUAUACUAAAACGAUAGAACCCUUAUUAAUGCUUGAAUGUUGGCAAGGAAUUCAGUCUGCCAAGCAAACAGGUCAAGAAAUGCCGUUUGAACUCUUGAUUGGAAGUAGAACUAGCUGUGAUGGUUUUUUUGACGUUUAUGCAUCCGUAAAAAAGAGUGAACUUAAUGAUAGAAAGAUAGGCGAUUCUGAUUUAUUGGUAUUGGGAGAUUCUAGUGACCAACAAUUUUCUAAUUUGAAAAAGGUAGCAACGUAUUUGAAGUCACCUCAAACUACAACCUGUUUAGCUAAGGUGAGAGAGAUUAAGUCUGCAAAUGCUGAUUAUUGUGACAUUACUUUAAGAGUAUAUCCCCAAGGAUCUAUGAUGGGCAUUCUCACACCUAAGAAACUUAUGACAGCUAUGCGUGUAAUGCAAAUGGUUACAAUUGAAAGAGAGUAUUCUUCAUUGAAGGGGUUGCCAUAUUAUGACUUAUGCGAUUCAAUUCUCCAAUCGAGACCAAACAAGCCGAUGGACAUUAAUGAUUCUGAUGCUGAUAGAAUGUUAUCGUUGUAUGACGUAAACAGGUCUCAGGCUAAAGCUAUCAUGGGCUCAUAUAAUAGUGAAGGAUUUUCGUUAAUCCAAGGUCCCCCAGGUACUGGUAAAACUAAAACUAUUCUUGGAAUUGUAGGAUACUCCAUACCACAUCAACAAAAAGAAGGUACUAUUGCAAUUCCCAGGGGCCCAUCUGAUACUAAUUCUCUUACAAAUGGUAAAGUCGACUCUAAUGGACCCAAAAUUUUAAUUUGUGCACCAAGUAAUGCGGCCGUAGAUGAAUUAGUGUUGCGUUUACGUAAAGGUGUUAAAACUUCAAAGGGAGAAUUCAUAACUCCCCGUGUUGUAAGAUUGGGUCGUAGUGAUGCUAUAAAUGCUGCGGUGAGAGAUUUGACUUUGGAAGAAUUAGUUGACAAGCAAUUACAAGCUCAGUCUGUUAAUACGACUAGUGACCCAAAAAUUAGAAUGGAACAUACUAAGUGCAUAUCAGAGCGAGACAGGUUAAGAGAGGAAUUGAGGAAGCCUAACUUGAAGGAAGAAGAAAUAAAGGAAUUAGAAAUACAGUUACGAGAUACUAAUAAAUUAAGAAAUGAAUUGGCGAAGAAAUUGGAUGAACAAAGAGAGCGAAUUUCAAUUGCAUAUCGUACUAAAGAAAUUGAAAGGCGUCAAUUACAAGCAAAAAUUUUAAAUAAUUCACAAAUUAUUUGCUCUACUUUAUCAGGUUCUGCCCAUGAUUUCUUAGCGAAUAUGUCGAUGAAAUUUGAUCAGGUAAUUAUCGAUGAAGCAUGUCAGUGUGUGGAAUUAUCUGCAAUUAUUCCCUUGAGAUACGGAUGUAAAAAGUGCAUUAUGGUAGGUGAUCCGAAUCAAUUGCCACCUACUGUUUUGUCGCAAGCCGCCGCUUCUUUUAAUUAUGAACAGAGUUUAUUUGUCAGAAUGCAAAAGAUGUAUCCUGAGUCUGUUUAUCUUUUAGACGUUCAAUAUCGUAUGCACCCAGAAAUUUCAAAGUUCCCAAGCUCUGAAUUUUAUUUUUCACGUUUACAUGAUGGAGACGGAAUGGCUGCGAAAAACUCUAGACCAUGGCACCAAGAUUAUCCACUUUCGCCAUACAUGUUUUUUGAUAUUGUUGGUAAGCAUCAGCAGAAUGAGCUCUCUCGUUCUUUAUUUAAUUAUGCAGAAGCUCAAGUUGCUCUAGAGUUGGUCGAUAAAUUGAUCGAAAUUUUACCUCUGACAGAAUUUAGUGGUAGAAUAGGUAUCAUUUCGCCGUAUAAGGAACAAAUUAGAACCCUUAAGGAUGUAUUUAAAAGAAAAUAUGGCCAUUCUAUACUUUCAGAAAUUGAUUUUAACACUGUUGAUGGAUUCCAAGGUCAAGAGAAGGAGAUUAUAAUCAUGUCAUGUGUUCGUGCAAGUGAUUCAGGUAAUGUUGGUUUCUUGAGUGACAUCCGUCGUAUGAAUGUUGCUUUGACUCGUGCUUGUACCUCCUUAUGGAUUCUUGGUAAUAAGAAAUCUUUACUGAGAAACAAUGUUUGGAAGCGCCUAUUAGACGAUGCUGCCGAAAGGGAUGCCAUCAGUGAAGCUUACCCUGGUUUUUUGAAAAAAGCAUUUAAGCUGAUCCCUGCAGCACCAAAUCCAAAAAGGAUUGAAAAUAAAAGAGAGCAUGAAAAUGAUGAGCAAUAUGCAUCCAAGCGCUCUAAAGCUCAAUCAUCCAAAAUUGAUUCCCCUAAAUUAUCGAAUGAAAAUAAUGAAAAUAGUUAUCUGAAAGAGAGUUCAAUUCAAAAUAGAGAUCAAACAUCGAAUAGUUCUGAUAAAAAUUAUAAUCCUCUCGAAUCCAAUGGAACUAAGAUGUAUGAUAAAGAUACAAAUAUCUCAAAAGAUAAUAGACAAUCCAAUUUCUCCAAGCAACAUAUUCCGUCUUCCUCUGGUACUAUUCCAAAACCAAAAUUUACUAAGAAGACGUCUAGUAUAUUUAUUAACAAAAAGAGGCCUAAUCCCCGUCGUUAA